AUGGUCGCCGAUAAGGACAAGGAGGUCAUCGCCUCCCACGACAUUCGUGAAGGCAAAACGAUCGAAUCUACUGAGCCGGACCACGAGGUCUUGCAUAGGGUCCAUAACAUGUGGACUGCAAGUGCGUAUCAAGUUCUGAUGAUGGCAAGCUGGACUUGUAACAUUGUCAUGUACGGUACUGUGUUUGACCUCGGCGGCCCCAUGAUGUUGAUUUACUCCACAAUUAUCGUCUGCAUCGGCCAGUGUCUGCUGAUGAGCUCUCUUGCGGAGAUGUGUGCUGUAUGGCCCUACUCUGGGGGUCAACAAGCAUUCACAAAAUACCUUGCCCCCGUCAGCUCUGGCUGGGUUGGCAUCAUGAGCUUCUAUUCUCCACUCUACGCUCUUUAUGGCACUGAUGGGAUUCUUCAUAUCGCUGAGGAGAUGAAGGAUGCGCACAGAACUGCCCCUAAAGCUAUGAUCUUGUCGAUGGUCUUGAGCAGCAUCACGUCUAUUGCUAGUGCUAUAAUCAUAGGCUUCUGCUGCGGAAACUGGGAGGACUAUAUGACGACCGAUAUUCCCUAUAUUUCCUGGUUUGUCGACACGCUUGAUAGCAUUGCCGGCGGCAUCGCUUUCCUUACAAUUAUUAUUGUACUUCUCAAUUUCCUAAUUGUUGUUGGCAUAAAUACUGCGGUAUCCCGCCUUGCCUGGGGUAUGGCGAGGGAUAAUGCUUUACCAUUCUCUCGCAUUUUCGUCAAGAUUAAUCCCACAGUCCAAACCCCACUUAACGCCAUCUUCCUCGCCGUUGUUAUUGAAAUGGCUCUUGGUCUUAUUGCCUUCGGUAGUGACUAUGCCUUCGAGGCUAUUAUUAGCUUUGGUCAAGUCGCUUUACAAAUUGGUUUCUUGAUCCCGGUGCUGAUGUUCGAAAAUCUCUAA